AUGGCAGCUGCUCCUGCUCUUGGUUUCUCUCUAAAUAAUUCGCUGAAUUCUCGUCUGCUUUUAGCUCCUUCAGUUUGGGUAAAUUCUUUGGUGGUUCCAAGGAUUUCAACAGUUUCUUCGUCUUCUUCAUCAGCAAAGAAAACCCAUCACUUGAAGCUCAAACACUCCCCAAAAGCUUCUUCUGAAGGAGUUCCUAGUGAGUUGAUUGAAGAUUCAAAAUUCGUUCCUCUAAAUGCUGAUGAUCUAAUAUAUGGUCCACCUGCUUUAUUAUUUUUAGGCUUUGAAGUGGAAGAAGCUGGGAAGAUACAACAGUUUCUGAAAGAGUUGGAUGCUGAAUUCCUCAAGGUUAUUUAUUGUACUGAAGACAUGAUUACUCGUUCACUCUGGGAAGCAAUGAAUACAAGCCAACCCAAUUUGGAAGCAUUGAAGAUUGCCAAGGGACUGCCACGAAUCUGUUUCUUAUCUGGUCUUAGUGGGGAGGAGAUGAUGGCGUUCAUUGAUUCUUUCCCAGAAGCAGGACUAGGGCUGCCUGUUUUUGCAGCCCUUGUUCCUAACAGUGCUGAUAAACUGCUGGAGGAGUUGAUAGAAGAGAUUAUGGAGGACCAUGAAAUGCUAACUGCAAAGCAAAAGGAAAAGGCAUAG